GCUUUACUUACUUGGCUCUUCCUUUGGUGCAAUUUGGAAUAACUUACAAUCGUAUGUCCGCUCUUUUAUUCCCUCUGAAGUACGAAAGAAUUUGCCCGGUCGAAGCGGCAUGGUUUUUCAUAGGAGUUGGCAUUUGUUUCGGUCUUUACUGGAUCAUUCACAUGCUAGUUUUCAACUGUCGAUAUGUAUAUAACGCCAAAAUGAUGAGCUGGAAGUACGUCAACUGCGAUUAUAUGGAUAAAAAACUUAACUUCAUAUAUCCUGUGCUGAUAAUGACAGGCACGAUCUUGGUGCUAAACUCAUUGGUUGCUACUGUGCUGAUUUUCAAGAGACGCAGUGUUGCAGCACAUCAUCAAUCUAAGAAAAACUUGAGAAUGUUUUGGCAGAGUUUUGUACAAGAUCUUUUCAAUUGCAACGACUGCAUUUGGCAAUGUUUUUUGAGUCCUUUAGUGGAUUCACGCAUAUGGGUUUUUUGGGCGGACACAAUCGUGUGGGAGCUGUCUCCCAUCUGUGACGGAACGGUAGCUAUGCUCUUUGAUACACGGCUGCGAAGACCUUUUUGGUCAAGAAAAAGGCAUCAUGGAGAAGUGACACAGACACGAUCUGUCUUCGUGAGCGCAGUCACUAAAAGCACCCAUCAGUAAAGAAGAUGUAGUGACUUUGCAAGUGGGGC